AUGGCUACCAACGGCGAUUUCUCCGACGAGGAGUCCCAGCCCGGCUCCCCCAUGCUGGAUGCGAACGGCCAUGAUGACAUCGAAGAGCAGGAGCCCCUCGAGGGAAAGCCCUCCAAGUCUGCCUUGAAGAACUCGGGCUCGAUCCCGCCUCUUCCUCAACAGAAGCGCCCCGAGUUGCCCGAACAGCCCGAGCCGGAGACCCUUGACCUGUCGACGUUGACUCCUUUGUCGCCUGAAAUUAUCGCGCGCCAGGCCACCAUCAACAUUGGUACCAUCGGCCACGUCGCUCACGGGAAAUCCACGGUGGUGAAGGCUAUCUCGGAGGUCCAGACCGUCCGAUUCAAGAACGAGCUGGAGCGGAAUAUUACGAUUAAGCUGGGUUAUGCCAACGCGAAGAUCUACAAGUGUGACAACGCCGAGUGCCCCCGGCCGACAUGCUUCAAGAGUUUCAAGAGUGAGAAGGAGAUCGACCCGCCGUGCGAGCGCCCCGGAUGCGGUGGCCGGUACCGUCUGUUGAGACACGUUUCUUUCGUCGACUGCCCCGGUCACGAUAUUCUCAUGAGUACUAUGUUGUCAGGUGCCGCCGUCAUGGAUGCUGCCCUUCUGUUGAUUGCCGGAAACGAAACUUGCCCCCAGCCCCAGACGUCGGAGCACUUGGCGGCUAUCGAAAUCAUGAAACUCAGCCAUAUCAUCAUCCUGCAAAAUAAGGUGGAUCUGAUGAGGGAAGACGGCGCUCUGCAACACUACCAGUCGAUUCUGAAGUUCAUCCGUGGUACCGUUGCCGAUGGCUCCCCCAUCAUUCCCAUCUCUGCGCAGCUGAAGUACAACAUCGACGCUGUUAACGAGUACCUGGUCUCCCACAUCCCGGUCCCCAUGCGUGAUUUCACCGCUUCGCCCCACAUGAUGGUCAUCCGUUCCUUCGAUGUUAACAAGCCCGGUGCCGAGAUUGAGGAGCUGAAGGGUGGUGUUGCUGGUGGUUCCAUUCUGACCGGUGUGCUCAAGUUGAACGACGAAAUUGAGAUCCGUCCCGGUCUCGUCACCAAGGACGAGAAUGGCAAGAUCCAGUGCCGUCCCAUCUUCUCCCGGGUCGUCUCCCUGUUCGCCGAGCACAACGACCUGAAGUUCGCUGUUCCUGGUGGACUGAUUGGUGUCGGUACCCGUGUGGAUCCCACCCUGUGCCGUGCUGAUCGUCUGGUUGGUUUCGUUCUGGGUCACCGUGGACGUCUGCCUGCCAUCUACACCGAGAUUGAGGUCAACUACUUCUUGCUGCGCCGACUCCUGGGUGUCAAGACCUCCGACGGCAAGCAGGCCAAGGUUGCCAAGCUCAGCAAGAACGAGGUUCUCAUGGUUAACAUCGGUUCUACGGCUACCGGUGCUAAGGUGCUUGGUGUUAAGGCCGAUGCGGCUAAGCUCAGCUUGACCAGCCCUGCCUGUACCGAGGUUGGCGAGAAGAUUGCCAUCAGUCGGAGAAUUGACAAGCACUGGCGUCUGAUCGGAUGGGCCAACAUCGUUGCUGGUAACACCCUCGAGCCUAUCCUGAACUAA